AUGGGAGGGGCUGAUGACGCUGCUUCAGUUACAGUCUCCUUGUCUGAACGUCGAAGUGGCACCGUCGCAACUCUCGCCAUAUCGAAUCCCUUGCGACUAAAUAGCUUAAAUUCCACGGUUCUAAAUGCCAUCGUCUCUUCCGUCUCGUCUCUGUCCGACCAACCCAAUCUUCGCUGCGUCAUUGUAACGGGUGCUCUCCUUCAAACCAAGCAACAAGCCUUCAUAGGCGGCGCCGACAUCUCAGAGAUGAGCACCUUUCCCGACGCCGAAGCGGCGCGCAGCUUCAUCACGAAGAUACAUCUGGCCAGCCAAGCAUUCCGCGACUUACCAGUUCCCGUCAUUGCGAGGGUCAAUGGGCACGCGCUGGGAGGCGGUCUUCUCAUUGCAGCUGCAGCUGAUUUGCGGGUGGCUACCUCAACCGCACUUUUCGGGAUGCCUGAGGUGCAGAGAGGUGUCCCCAGCACAGUUGAGUCAGCGUUGCUACCUGCAAUCAUUGGAUCUGCGCGGGCAAGGAGACUACUGCUGCUGGGCGACAUGAUCACGGCGGGGCAAGCGGAAUCUUGGGGCCUCGUGGACAGAGUCGUUCAAGCGAAUGAAUUAGACGAUGCUGUGGAGGAAUGGGUGCAAAUACUAUUGAGGGCUGGACCCAAAGCACUCGCUGCUCAGAAGAGGUUAAUGAGCGUAUGGGAACAGGUUCCGGCACAGGAAGCCAUUCACGCCGGUGUGUGGGAGUUCGGCAGGGCUUUUGAGGGAGAUGGACUCGCCUCGGAAGGGAGAAGGAUGAUGAAUGAGUUUCGGGCAAAGAAUCAUGGAAGGAAGAGUCGGCUUUAG